AUGUAUGAAAUAAUAUUAUUAAAAUUAUCUAAGCAACGGAACAUCCCAGCAAUUGCUUCUACUAGUUCCUUUUAUGCUCCUCAUAACCUCCCAACUCAUUAUUAUACAACAAGCUCCCACUUUCACUCAAUUAAUCCACAACAAUACCUAAACCCACAUGCAAGACAAUAUAAUCCCCAACAUUUACAAAGUAAUACUCAGCCUGCUUUCAAACAAUAUGAUCCUUUUAAUCAUCCAUUUGGAUUUGAUAAAUUAUUGGACAGAAAAAAUACAAAUAAUGGUCCACAUUUUAAUGAUCAAAACUUUCCUCCACUCCAUCAAGGUUAA